UCUCGUCAUCUGUUGCUUCACGAAUGUUGGUAGCAGUGUUUUCGAAAUUGAGCGUUUCUAUUACACAUCUUGGUAAAUACUUAUUAAAAUGAUGCAUUUAUGGCAAGUGCAAUUUGAAUUUUACGUGAACUUGAAUUAUUAAAGUACAUAAUUUAUUUCUAAUACAUUAUUACGCCUUCCUGCUGUGAAAUCUGCUACCGGAUUUCUAGUUAUGAGCAAUGUGAAUAGCAGUGUUACACCAGAUUAUGAUUACCUGAUCAAGUUUUUAGCACUUGGUGAUUCAGGAGUUGGCAAAACUAGUGUAUUGUGCCAAUACACUAGUGGAGUCUUUAACAAGAAGUUUAUAUCAACCGUUGGAAUUGACUUCAGCGAAAAAAGAGUUGUAUAUCGUUCACAGCAUUCUGAAGGUAUUGCUGGAAGAAGUCAAAGAGUUCAUCUUCAGUUAUGGGACACUGCUGGACAAGAAAGGUUUAGAAGCCUUACAACUGCAUUUUAUCGAGAUGCCAUGGGUUUCAUUGUUCUUUUUGAUCUCACAAAUGAACAAUCAUUUCUUAACAUUCGUAACUGGCUGGAGCAAUUAAAGACUCAUGCCUAUUGUGACAAUCCUGACAUUGUAAUUUGUGGAAAUAAAGCAGACUUGGAAGAUAUGAGAUUCAUGAAAGAAGAGCAAAUUAGAGAAGAAAUAGAUAAAUAUGGGCUUCCUUAUUUUGAAACAAGUGCAGUAACUGGUCAGAAUGUCACUAAAGCAUUUGAUACAUUGUUGGACAUGGUCAUGCUAAGAAUACAGAAAACUGUUGAUGGAAGUACACUACCUGGGCGAAGACGUGGAGCUCCUGGGAUGCAGCUGGAAGAAAAGGGUUUUUGUUCUCAGCCAAAAUCUUGUAGGUGCUGACAUUGAAAUCUAGUCAAAAUGUUAAAUUUGUGUACUGUUUUUUUUUUUUUUUUUUUUUUUUUUUUUUUUUUGUGUGGUUUAUCAUUUUUAUUGUGUGUACAAGACUAGUAUGCUUCAUGUUUUUAAACUAUUAUGAAAGAAAUAUACAAUCAUAUUCCAGAUACACAGACAUAAUGAUUAUUUGUUUAUAUUUGAUUACAAUAAAUGAACAGAAAAAAAAAAGAUCUAUAUUUUUUAUUGUGACCUUUUUACAUAUCUAUAUAUUUUUAAUACUGAUAACAAAAACUGUGUAUAAAGUUCAAUGGUAUAAAUGUGCAUUUAAUAAACUUCUGAUAAAUUCUCAUGAAUAAGUUGCUCAAAAUUUAAAAGCAAAAUUGAUAUUUAUGCAUUUAUUUAAAUAGUGAUUUUUUUUAGAUUUUUAAUUUUAUCAAAUUGUUUGUGUGUUUGUUCUUGAGAAAAUAAAUUUAUAAUCUCAAAAGUAAUUAUAUGAAAUUAAAAUAUAUUAAGUACCUAACACUGUUAAUAAAUAUUAUAUACUUACAUUUUGAGUAAUUGAAAAUUUGUGUUAAUAAAAAAAUGUACUCUGAACUUAAUCAGAGGGUUUUCCUGUAUCUUGCAAAAGUUAAAUAGUCCAAAUUCUAACAGACACAAAGUGAAUUAUCACCAUGCCUGAAAGUAAGUACAAACACUUGCAAUGGUUUAAAAUAAAUGUUUUUAUUUAAACUUUGAAAAUAAAUGCACUUUUUGUGCUAACUAUGUCAACCAGAACUUGUGCCAAUGGUGCUAAAGUAACAGUCAGAUUCCAGUUUAAAACAUAGUAGUCAAAGACUACACAAUUAAAUUUAAAUCUAAGCUGGCUCAGAACUUCUAACCAGUGUAUCAAAUUAAAAUAUCGGCAGCAAUAAUGUUGUAGCCAAAUAAUGUUAAGCCAAAUAAUUUCAGAGCUGACCAAAAUAACGUAAUGUGCCAGCAAAAGGCAGAAACACUUUCUGUCUUACAGUCUAAAAAUCUUAGCUUAAAUACUAUCUAAUUGAUUUGCAUUUUGGUUACGAAACAAAAAAAGAGAAGUUAUAAUAAAGGCUGAAAUCAUAAAUUACUUGUUAAUUUAAAUAAUAAUAACCAUACAUAAUUCCAUCAAUAGAAAAUUUCAGAUUAUUGGACUUUGAGUAAUCAAAAUUCUAUCAAUAAUGCCAUUCAAUGAAUGAUAUUUUUAAACUUACCACAGAAUUACCAUGUUCUAAAAAUCUAAAAAUACUCGUUUUAUAAAAACUAUGUUAUAAAAUUGGAUAUAUGAUCUGUAAUUUAGUAAUGUUAAAAUUUACAGUUUAAAUUUUUAAAGGAAUAAUUUAUAAAAAUA